AUGGCCGACGCAGCAUACUGGGCUGUUGAAAAGCAGUCUAAUCUCAGAUUUAGAUAUUUCAAGACUCAUACCGAAGGCAAUAUUAACGCCCUUCAACAAGCAUUUCAUAAGAUUGAAAAAGCAUGCGACCUCGGCUCUGACAAUAUUGUUUUCCGCUGCGAUCCUCCAAAUCACCAUUGUGACAAGGCAGCUGGUUAUGUCCCUCUGUAUCCCGCUGACGAGUCCAACAACCAAGUAUUUUUAUGCCCGUCAUUCUUUAAUAAAUACCAUUAUCACGAUGUUGACAGAGGUCGUAUCCUCGUUCACGAGACUUCGCAUAUUCCAUACAUUCGACAUACGGAGGAUUAUAAUACGUAUGGAUUGCUUGCGUCAUUAGCACUUUCUAAGGAGCUUAGCCUUUAUCACGCGGAUACCUUUGGCUGGUUCGCCCUCGCCGCUUAUAAUAAAGACUAUUAA